CCAGCAAUCCUCCUCGGGGUUCAGUUUCCCGAGGUCGCGCUCUUUCUCUGGCCGGCGGGACGGUCCUGCAGCGGAGAACCGGCUUCCCGAGUUCGGGCAGCUCUUCUUCCCUCCGUAGGACCCCCUGUGCUGUUCCAGGGUCGCAGCAGCUAUGUCCGCACUGCGAACUCUUCUGCUGCUGCUGCUACCUCUGUGUCCCGGUCCUGGUCCUGGACCCGGGAGCGAGGCAAAGGUCAUCCGGAGUUGCACGGAGACCCGGCAAAUUCUGGGGGCCCGGGGAUAUAGCUUAAGCCUACUCCCUCCCGCCCUGAUCUCAGGUGAGCACCUCCGGAUCUGUCCCCAAGAAUAUACUUGCUGUUCCAGUGAAAUAGAGGAGAGGCUGACCUGGGACACUGAGGCUACUUUCCGAGGCCUGGUGGAGGAGAGUGGCUCCUUCCUGGUUCACACAUUGGCUUCCCGGCUUAGAACAUUUGAUGAGGUUUUCCGGGAGAUGCUCUCAUCAGCUGAGCACUCCCUGGCCCUGCUCUUCCACCGCUCCUAUGGCCGCCUGUAUUCCCAGCAGACCCCCUUAUUCAGCGGCCUGUUCUCUCGGCUGCGGGACUACUAUGAGAAGUCUGGUGAGGGGUUAGAUGACGCCUUGGUGGAUUUCUGGACGCAGGUCCUGGAGAGAAUGUUCCCCCUGCUGCACCCACAGUACAUCUUCUCCCCUGAAUACCUGUUCUGCCUCACUCGCCUUGCCUCCUCUGCUGAUGACUCUCUGAAGCCUUUCGGGGACUCACCCCGUCGCCUCCGCCUGCAGAUAACCCGGGCCAUGGUGGCUGCCCGGGCCUUUAUCCAGGGCUUGGAGACUGGAAGAGAUGUGGUCAGCGAAGCACUUAAGGUCCCCAUGUCCGAAGGCUGUAGGCGGGCUGUAAUGCGUCUGACUGGCUGCCCCUUUUGUCGCGGGGUCCCCCUGCUGCCGCCUUGCCGGGGCUUCUGCCUCAACGUGGCCCAUGGCUGCCUCAGCAGCCGGGGACUGGACCCUGACUGGGGGGCCUAUCUGGAUGGUCUCCUGCUCCUGGCUGAGAAGAUCCAGGGCCCUUUUUCCUUUGAACUGGCAGCUCAGGCCAUUGGGGUGAAGAUCUCAGAAGGUUUGAUGUACCUGCAGGAAAACAGUGUAGGAGUGUCCACCCAGGUGUUUCAGGAAUGUGGGGUCCCCCCAAAGGCGAUGGCCCGUGCCCACCGAGCCCUGGCACCCAUGGAAGAAGUGGGCCGGCGCUGGACCGCGGCAGCAGGGGCGGAGGAGGAGCAGCCCACGAUGAGGGCAGCCGCCCAGGGACGCGACCUAGAUCUGGAGGACUGGGAUGAGGAUGCAAGUGGCUCUGGAGAAGGUCCGCACUAUGCAGAUGACUGGAUGGCCGGGGCAGCAGCUGUGGGCCCCCCAGCCCGGCCUCCCCGGCCUCCUGGCCGCAAAGGAGGUUUCAUCGUCCGCCAAAACCAGGGCAGGAGCAGGACUGGGGGGACAUCUGUUGGUUUUCACACCCAACCCGUUCUCAUUCUCUUCCUCUCAGCCCUGGCCCUGCUUGGACCUCGAUAACACGGGAAGGGUGCCCUGGCAUCAGAGGGGUUCAUGGCCCUUUCUCUCCUCCCCUCUCAGCUGGAUCUGGGGAGGAGUUGAAGGGGGCUGCAGAGAGGGUUGAGAAGGGACUUUUUGGGUGAAUGGCUAGGGCCCCAAAUCCAGGAGAUUCCCAUUGGGAUUGGGUGGGUGUUCACAUAUUUAUUUUUUCGUUUGGUAUCCGGUUCGGGAGGCGGGGGGGUAUUUAUUUAGGCUGUGGUCUCUCCAACUGAGCCUCUAAGUUUGGGCUCUGGUGGUCAGCCCCAAGGAGGAGAAAGGGAAGAUUUUUAGAGUGAUGGUUGGGGUGUAGGGUUUGAAGGAAGUUGGAAGUGGGGAGUGGUGGGUUCACCUGGUCUGUGGAAUGGACAAAGCUGGGUGCUGAUAGGGCGCAGGGCAGGGAACUUGGGUGUGUGUAUCAGGAUCUCUGGUCCUUGGGUCUAUGUGUUUUUUUCAGUACCAAUUUCUUAAACUAAAACGCAAAAAAAAAAAAAAAAAAUCAUGACCUCUGCCAUCCACA